UUACGGUAUGGUAUACCGGUACCGUACCUCCAUCCCAGACUUAAGCUUCUUUGCAAAAUGUGUAUGACGGCAGCGCGAGCUCGGGAAUCAGUAAGGUGCAAACAGAUUUCUGAUGUUUUUCCUCCAUGUUUUCUGGUGAGUUUACAGGUAGAAACUUGAUGUAGACAAUGGCAGCAGCUGCAGAACCCCCUCUGGUGUGCUUAGAAAGUAAAGGUGGGUCUCCAGAGGUCAACAGAAAUGGGCAAGAAAGAGUACAUGUAGCAGAGAACUUUGGAAAUAAUCGCUUAAAAAACAGAGAGGACACCCUCAAUCAUCAAACUUCAUCCAAGAAAAGUAGAGGGAAAAAACGUCAAGGACGACGAAAAGAUAGAGCAAGUAGUAAUGGAAUCCAUGAACUUGAUGGUAAGGUUGAAACAAAGUUCGUUGAAAGUAAAACCACUACCAAAGAAUCAAAGAGGACUUGUCAAUCCGACAAUCAUCUUAAUCAUCAAAGUCACAAUCAUGUGAUCAGUGAACCUUUGAAUGCUCUUACGCAAAUGGUUGAGAAAUUAGGAGUGCAGGAUGGCAUUGCCCCCCAGAUGGAACACUCUCACACGGUUGUUGAUGUGCCUUCGGAUGCAGCGUGCCAGGAUGGUGAUAUAGACGAGUCGCUCACUGAUGCAAAAUGCAACUCUGACGAUGAUGAGGAUGAUGCUGACUUGGAACUGCCAUCCUCACUAUCAGACUUUGUCCUUGGUUAUCAUGAAGACUACCACUAUGCCCUUACAAAGCUUCCUCCCAAUGAUGAAGACAUUGAUACAAUACCACUAGAUGAUUCAAAUAGCUGUGUAAGAUUAGUACCCUAUGAAUCAGAACUGCAAAUGCCUGAUAUCAUAAGACUAAUAACAAAGGACUUGUCAGAGCCUUACUCCAUAUACACUUACAGAUAUUUCAUCCACAAUUGGCCAAAUCUAUGUUUUUUGGCUAUGCAUGGUUCAACUUGUGUAGGAGCUAUUGUGUGUAAGCUGGAUGUACACAAAAAGAUGGUCAGACGAGGUUACAUUGCUAUGUUAGCUGUAGAUGAGGAAUAUAGGAAAAGGAAAUUAGGUUCAAGUCUUGUCAAGAAAGCAAUUCGUGCAAUGGUGAGAGGAGAAUGUGAUGAGGUGGUUCUAGAGACAGAGAUCACCAACAAGCCUGCCUUGCGUCUUUAUCAGAACCUUGGCUUUGUGAGAGAUAAGAGACUAUUUCGCUACUAUCUUAAUGGUGUGGAUGCACUAAGACUCAAACUCUGGCUACAAUGAGAGCAACAUCAUACCUGCAACAUUAGCAUUGUAGUUGUAGCUACGCAACCACAUUGGCAACCAUACAGCAAGACAUGUUACAUGUACGUGUCGCUGUCAGUACCUCAUGAGCAUGUAGAAGGCUUCCACAUCCAUCGUUAUCGCAAACUUUGUACCCGCUGCAUGAAUAGAGGAUCGGUAGGCACUUUGUGACAAAACUGAAUGGUUUUUAGAUGCAUUUUAACACAGAAUUGGAGCACGAUUUCCAGAGGACAUUAGUGUCAAAAAUGCAUAUUAACUUGCAAUUUCAAUUAAUUUUACUGGUUGCUUUACAAUGAUAAGUGUACCGGUAAUAAUAAUAUUGAAGGGAAUGACUUACAUUUACAAAAUGCCCUUUCAAAGUGAACUUUAAAAAGCACAAAGCAUAAUCACAUUUUUUAUUAAUAGUUUGAGCAGAUUUUGAACAGAUUUAUGAAAAUGCCACCUAGGACAUUUAAGAAUUUGAAUGUUGUUUCACUGU